CUUUACUCUCGGCCCGAGUCUCCAAAUCCGGGCAGAGGGGAGACGACGGGAAGAAAAACUCGAAGACGCAGCCGACGAGCUCCGCCGCCGGAGCUCAGAGAUGGACGACGGAAGCGCCUCCGCCUCGCCGUCCUCCGCUUCUCCGCACCAGCACCACCGCGACGCAAUCAAGUCCUCAGUGCACAAUUCAGCAUCUAGCCGGAGGAGGGAACAUGCUAUUGCAGUAGGGAAGGAAAGAAGGGAAGCCUUGAUGCGUGCAAAGCGUGUAUGUCGGGCUCCUCUUUCUGGCAAUGAUGAGACUGUGAUGGAAGAGGGCGAUAUGGUCAUUGAUGAGAAGAAGGCAGAUCUUGAGGCACAGACAGCUCAAGCUGUUGAAGAACUGAAAUCUGCUUUAUCUACCCAGGGAAAAGGGGCUCAGAAGAAGAAGAUAGAGGUGCUUCGUGCUUUAAGACGAUUAUUGUCACAGUCUGAAGUACCUCCUGUUGAAGCAGCAAUUAAAGCUGGAGCGAUCCCUCUUCUAGUGCAAUAUCUGUCAUUUGGAUCAUCAGAUGAACAGUUGCUAGAGGCAGCUUGGUGCCUUACAAAUAUAGCAGCAGGGGAACCAGAAGAAACUAAGUCUUUAUUGCCUGCUCUACCAUUGCUCAUUGCUCACCUUGGUGAGAAGAGCUCCACCCUUGUUGCUGAGCAAUGUGCAUGGGCCAUUGGUAAUGUUGCUGGUGAAGGAGCAGACCUGAGAAGCAAAUUACUUGCUCAAGGUGCUUUGUGGCCUCUUGCCCGUUUAAUGCUGUCAAACAAGGGUUCUACAGCAAGGACUGCGGCUUGGGCAUUGUCAAAUCUUAUCAAGGGGCCUGAUCCCAAGGCUGCGAAUGAGCUUAUUAGCAUUGAUGGUGUGCUGAAUGCAAUCAUAAGGAACUUGGAGAAAGCGGAUGAAGAGCUAGCAACUGAGGUGGCGUGGGUAGUUGUUUAUCUUUCAGCACUUUCAGAAAAAGCUACCAGCCUAAUAGUAAGAAGUUCUGUGCCACAAUUGUUGAUUGGACGCCUCCUAGCAUCAGAGAACUUGCAAUUGCUCAUUCCGGUACUUCGCAGUUUAGGAAAUCUUGUAGCUGGUGAUGGAUACAUGGUUGAUUCAGUCCUAACUGUUGGAAACAGUAUCACAGAUCAAGCCUUAUCGAGUCUUAUAAAGUGUUUGAAGAGUGACAAUAGGGUUCUCAAAAAGGAGGCAUCAUGGGCCAUGUCAAAUAUUGCAGCAGGCAGUUUCGAGCACAAGAAAUUGAUUUUUGCCAGUGAGGCAAUGACUUUGCUGAUGCACCUCCUUACGACUGCACAAUUCGACAUCCGCAGGGAAGCGGCAUACACCCUGGGCAAUAUGUGUGUUGUCCCAGCAGGAAAUGCUGCGCCUCCAAACAUAAUUGUGGAUCAUUUGGUCGCUAUCGUAAAUGGUGGAGCCCUUCCUGGAUUUAUAAAUUUGGUGAGAUCUGCUGAUAUAGAAAGUGCGAGACUUGGGCUUCAAUUCCUCGAACUGGUGAUGAGGGGGUACCCCAAUGGGCAAGGUCCGAAGCUCGUGGAGAGCGAGGACGGCAUCGAGGCUAUGGAGAGGUUUCAGUUCCAUGAGAACGAGCUGAUGAGGAAUAUGGCCAACGGGUUGGUCGACAAAUACUUUGGCGAAGACUAUGGCCUCGAGUGAGUUCCUGGUGCCAUGCAUACAUCUGCGUAAACUUGAAGCUCUUGAUGGGUUGAAAAUGUGAAUUGUGAAAUGUACUCUCACGGUCCUCGAACAGAAGGAUGUGCUGAUCAGAUCGGUGGCCAUGUAACUUAGCCCUUGAUACCAAUGCAUCGGAUGCUGUAGUUGGAAAAUGUGAGUGCGUGAAGCGUGAACUGACUAUGAACUAAGGAUAUGCUAGUAAACUGUCGAUAUGCAUCGCUUUGGCAUGUUGUACGAUAUCCAAGUGCUGAAAUAAAAAUGACCUGCUGUUUCCCGUG